AUGGCGGCAUAUGGAGUCAUAAAACCAUUUCAAGAUGGUGACGACAUUGAAUGUUUUUUGGAAAGACUGGAGCAAUAUUUCUACGCCAACAACAUUUCAAAAGAACUUCGGACGUCAGUUUUACUAACAAUGAUUGACGAAAAAGUUUACAAAGUCAUUAAAAGUACAUUGCAUCCGGAGCUGCCUAAGACGAAAACACUUGUGGAAUUACAAACAGCGUUACGCCUGAGAUACAAAACCAGAAUAUCUCAUUUUAGAAAAAGGACAGCAUUUGACAAAUUACAACAAGAAGAUGGAGAAACCAUCACUAAAUGGUACGCAAGAGUUUGUGACUCUGCCACGGAAUGUGAAUUCGGCACGUGUAUUGACGACAGAAUCAAGGACAAGUUUGUUACAGGCAUGAGAAGUGGGCCUAUUUUUGAAAGGCUGUGUGAAGAACCUAUUACUAAGAAGUUGGCUGAUUUGUUGGACAUAGCAUUGAAUAAGGAAGCAGUAUUACAUGAAAGACAAGCACCAGUGCAUCGGGUCACUAAAUCUACCAAGUCCACAAUUUCACAAAGUUCCAAGUCUCAAGGUGAGAAACAAAAAAGUACUGAAACAUUAUUGACAUGUAUCCAUUGUGGAAAAUCCAAUCAUUCCUUUGCAAAAUGUAAAUAUAAGAAAUAUACUUGCAAACUGUGUAAAAAGGUUGGACAUUUAGCUUCAGUAUGUAAAGCCAAGGCGGCAAAUACAAACAACUUGGAGGUGGAGGAGGAGAUUAUUGAUAUUUUCACAAUGAUGCCGGAAUUACAGGUGCCAUCGUUAAAUUACAUUUCUCCAUUCAUAGUGCAGUGUGAAAUUAACUCUAAAUUAAUUGAUAUGGAGCUGGACACAGGUGCAGCAGUGUCAUGUGUGCCAGAAAGUGCUGAUAAUUUGGAAGAUUACUUAGAAAACUUUUCUGAUCUUUUUAAAAAUGAGUUAGGUGUGAUAAAGGGAGAAGAAGUUAAUUUAGAACUUAUUGAUAAGGAUGUUAAGCCUGUUUUCCACAAGCCAAUUCCUAUUCCCCAUGCAUUCAAGGAGAAAGUAGAUGAGGAAUUAAGGAAGUUGGAACGGGAAGGUGUUAUUACAAAGGUUGAAAGUUCUAAAUGGGGAACUCCUUUAGUACCAGUUGUCAAAGAUAAUGGCAAAUUACGUUUAUGUGCAAAUUAUAAAAUUACAGUUAAUAAAUAUAUUAAAGAUGUUAACCAUCCUUUACCUAGAAUUGAUGAUAUUUUUAGUGCCUUACAGGGAGGUGAGAAAUUUACAAAACUUGAUUUGCGCAAUGCUUUUAAUCAAUUAUUAUUAGAUAAUAGCACAGGGGAGCUAUUAGCAUGGUCUACAAGUAAGGGCAUAUUUAAACUUAACCGAUUACCUUAUGGUACUAAGCCAGCAAGCUCCAUUUUCCAAGCUAAGAUGGAAAAAAUUCUAUUAGGAGCCAAAGGUGUUGUAAAUUUUAUCGAUGAUGUUUUGGUUACAGGAUGCAAUGAUGAGGACCAUUUAAAUAAUCUCAAGGAGGUGUUAAAAAGAUUUAAAGAGGUUGGAAUAAGAUUGAAUAAGUCAAAAUGUUUAUUUUUUCAAAAUGAGAUUAAUUAUCUUGGUCACAUUAUAUCUAAAGAAGGUCUAAAGAAGGAUCCAGCUAAAUUAGAGGCCAUCAUCAAUGCUCCUGUACCCAAUAAUGUCACGGAAGUAAGGUCUUGGAUUGGUAUGGUUGGAUAUUAUUCAAAGUUUGUUCCUCAGUUAUCAGUUAAAUUAAAACCAAUGUAUGAUUUAUUACAAAAGGAUAGAAAAUUUAUAUGGACAAAAGUUUGUAAUGAUAGUUUUGAACAAGUUAAAAAAGAAAUUGUUUCUGAUAAUAUUUUAAUCCAUUUUAAUAGAGAUUUACCUUUAAGAUUGUCUUGUGAUGCUUCGCAAAAUGGUAUAGGUGCUGUACUCAGUCACAUUUUGCCGGACGGUACUGACAGGCCUAUUAGUUUUAUUUCACGUGUUUAUAGCAAAGCUGAAAAAGGAUACUCGAUGAUCCAUAAGGAAGCUUUAGCAAUUUAUUGGGCAGUCCAAAAAUUUUAUCAGUACUUAGUAGGUUCCAAGUUUGAGUUACAGUCAGACCAUAAACCUUUGCAAGCUCUAUUUGGAGAACACAAGAGCCUGCCACAAAUGGCUGCAGGACGGCUCCAAAGGUGGUCCACAUUUUUAUCAGGAUUUAAUUAUACUUUUAAAUAUAUUAAAGGAAUGCAUAAUGUAAUAGCUGAUUGUAUGUCAAGAUUGCCAUUGCAAAAUAAUUCUUGUAUUAAGCAAACAAAUGAAUAUGAGUAUAUAAAUUUGGUAGCAGAUCAAAAUAUUGUUAAUUUAGAUUUAGUCAGGUCAGAAACUAGGAAAGAUCCUAUUUUAAGUUCAGUAUUUAAUAUGAUACGUUAUGGAUUUCCAAAAUUUACACAAAAUAAUUCUCUUAAACCAUAUUUACAAAAGAAGAACGAACUAUAUAUUGACCAGAAUGUUAUUAUGUGGGGAUAUAGAGUUGUCAUCCCUGAGAAAUUAAGAUCACAUUUACUCAAAGAACUUCAUUCUACACAUGAAGGCAUUGUCAAAAUGAAAUGUAACGCUAGGUCUUACUUUUGGUGGCCAGGUUUAGAUAUGCAAAUUGAAAAUUUAAUUAAAUCUUGUGAUGUAUGUAUGACAUAUCGUUCAGAACCACCAAAAGCACCAAUUAUUUCAUGGCCAAGAACUAAGGUUCCAUAUGAGCGUGUACAUGCUGAUUUUCUAGGGCCAAUAGAUAAUAAGAUGAUUUUGUUAAUAAUUGAUUCUUAUAGUAAAUGGCCUGAGGCAUUUAUUGUCAAAAGUUUAGAUUCAAAACAGACGGUUGAAAGGUUUAGGGAGUGUUUCAGCCGAUUUGGAUUACCGAAAGUUGUAGUUACCGAUAAUGCGGCAACAUUUAUUAGUAAGGAGUUUUCUGAAUUUCUUUCCAAGAACGGGAUAGUACAUGAAACUUCUCCACCCUUUCAUCCGGCUACCAAUGGCUUCGCAGAAAAUGCUAAACUCAAUUCAUAUUGUUACUGGUGUUUCACCUUCUCAGUUGAUGUUUCAAAGGAAACUUAG